AGGAUGGUUCAGUCCACAUAACUGAAAAUACCAACUUUCUAGCGAAAGAAAACAGGAAAAUCCCCCGAAGGCUGAUCCCUUGCAAGAUUGUAAAAAAACAUGGAUAGCAGAAUGAAUGAGGCGAAACAGGCUCUCAAAAUCCUGCAGCAGCGCUACAAGCUCUUCCAACAGCAACAAGUCACAUUCACAACCGCUCUGGAGCGCUGCCGUGAAAGCGCCCUCGACAGGAUCCACCCUGUGAGAACUCUGGCCCAGGUCCGCAAAUACCUGGACGUUUCUUGCAACAACAGCACCGAUAGGCGCGUUCUCACGUUGUUCCUGGACAUCUGCUCGGAUCUGGUAGAUAUGUGCACGAAGCUGCAUGAACUGCAGCCCGAGAAUGCGGCAGCAACAGCUCUCCUGCAUGCUUGUGUGGAUCUGCUGAGCCCAUCCAAUGACUUAUCCGGUCUGAGAGCCAAAUACCCCCAUGAUGUCAUUAACCACCUCAGUUGUGACGAGGCAAGAAACUUCUACGGUGGCGUCAUCAGCUUGAUUCCCAUAGUCCUAGACAAACUCAAGGAAGCCGCAGCAGAGCUGGACAAGCCAGGGCCACAAACGCAUCGCCCAGGAAGUGGUCAGAAACACUUAGAACAUAAUGAAACUAAGGCUGCCAAUGAUAAAGAAGCCACCGGGGUUCAGACUGUGGCCAGACAGCAAACUAGAGCCACCAAAAAGAAAUCCUAUAUGGAGUCACUGAAACCAGCCUGGAGACCAACAGGAAGGUUCUACACUUCUUGAAUAAUGAUCCCUCCACUUGGUAGCACCUGAUCCCAAUUUCACCAGGCUUGUUUCAUCAUUAGGCUUAGAAACUGUGCCGAACCCUGGUGUGCUUUGAUGGGACUAUACUAGGACAGAUGGGGUAGGAUUUAUUAAAAGAUGGUGAUUAUUUGGUGUAAUUAAAAUGCCAGCUUUGUACCUUACAGGACAAGGAAGCUUAAACUCAUGGAGGGAGUCAAGUUAUUAGGUCCCUCACUAAUUGUAGACUUUCUUUUCUGCUUUUGUGAACCCCCAAUCAAAAAUAUAAAUGUGGGACCUGAUGAUAACUGUCCUUGUAUAUGCCCUCUGUUAAAUUAAUGUAUAAUGUCUUUUCAAGAAUGUAUAGUAUAUUGUGUGUGCACAACACUUGUUUUGUUUUUUGUAUAUCUGUAUUUGCACAUUACUGUCCUAUGCAUUUGCUUGGUUUGUAAAGUGGGGGUGUUUAUAAAUAAAGACUUUAAACUAAA